UCAAGUAAUGUUUAAUUUCAUACCAAUAUUUCUUUGGAUGAGUUUUUAUGUAAAUUCUCCAUUAGUUAUAUAUUUUUUGUAGAUAACCUCUAAACAGCUAAUUGAGGAUUUUAAAGUGUGAAAUACUAAACGAAGAGUUUUAAAAAUGGAAUUUCCGGAUCUCGGUGAACACUGCCAGUUAGAAAAUUGCAACGCAAUCGACUUUCUACCUCUUCAAUGCAAGUGCGGGAAAGUUUUUUGUCGAACACAUUUCACGGAACAUUGUGUAUCGGGGACUUGCGAAAUGGCGCCAAAAGCAAAAGAGAUAAAUCUAGAGAAUACUGAUAAGAUUUACAAAUGCUCUCAGAAAGCUUGCCGAAAAGGAAAUCUACAUGAAAUGCUGUGUGUUAAAUGCGGGAAACAUUAUUGUAUUGAACAUCGGUUUCAUGCUUCAUGUCCUGAAAUUGAUGAUGAAACCAUGGCUGCGAAAAUAGAGCAAUUUGAGGCUCCUAGGCGACAGUUUAAGGAGGCAAACAAACAUCUACAAGAUAAGAUAACAGAAAACAUCCGCAAAGCAUUACAAUCAUCGGCAAAAGUGAAAACUGCAGCCAAAAUUCAUCUUAUGAGAAUAAAACAAAAGGCAAUCGGUCCCAAAUCUAUACCCGUUAAAGACAGAGUAUACUUUGCAAUUGGCAAACCUAACAACAUGGAGGCAAAAUCUGUUAAAAUCAUUAAAGAUGUCAACAAUAUUGAUUAUAUUGAAUCAUUAACUUUAGAUCCCGAUUUAAAAGACACUGUACCGGUCUUUAUAAGCUCUCAGUGGACUCUAGGACGGUCUAUAGACAGCAUUUGUGAUUCUUGUAACAUAAAAAAUGAAAAUAAUAAACAAGGGGACGUUAAAUUAAGAAUAUUCCGUCAGUUGGAUGGGUAUUGCAUAAGUCCAUUAAAAAUGGAUGUGGAGUUAAGUGAGUUGAUAAAGCAAGAAAUAUUACUGGAAGGUGAUAAAAUUAUUGUUGAAUAUAUUGCUACCAGUGUGUUAAGUACUUUGGAAGACAGUGCUCAGAUAUUUUUAAUAUCAUGAUAAGAAUGUGUUUCUAUUUAGAAUUAUUGAUUGAAUAAUAUUUCGACU